AUGUCGAUUAAUCUACCGGCUAUUAAAAAUAAUGUUAAACACAACAAUAAUAUCAACAAAGUCAAGAAGAACAAACUUAUUGGACCAUUACCACCACUUGGUAAGUACAUAACUCAGUAAUAGCUUUUUGUGCUAGUUUUGACUUUUAGAUAAUGCCGUCUUAGAUUUACCAUAAUACGUUUAUGAAAGUUCUCAAACGAUAUUCCUAUGUGAAUAAGCCCAUGGCAAAGUUUAACGUGUGUCUUGACACGAAAAGCCUGAUUAUUCAGAUUUUUUUUGUAACUGGAAGAAAUAUAAUAUGGUGUUCAAAUCAUUCCGUGCCUUUACCAAAGCACAAUUUUUGAGUUAGGGAGCUCAGAAUUAUUUGAACGACCUACUAUAUUAUAUGUAUACGAUUUACUGUAGGUUAUAUACGACAUACAGUAACGUAUAUACAAAAUUUAAAUUAAUUUUUUAGAAAAAAACAAAAAAGAUGCCUCGUCAAUGUGGAAGCGGUUGGAACACAAGCCAGUUAUAUUACCUAAACUACUGGUGGCUGAAAAAGCGCCUUCGAUUGACUUGUAUUCGACUGAUGGAGGUAACAUUCAUCAGACUUCAGCUGAACUGGCCAAGAAAUUGGACUUCUUUUCUAAAUUUUUGACUGACAAAAGUUUAGAUGCAAAGAAAGUUAGCGAGUACCUCAAGUUUCAGAAGUAAGUGCAUUGCUUAUCAGUAUAGUACUGGCCCCAGGGAGCCUAGCUUAGGUUCUGCAACAAAAGAUUUUACUUGCAAAAAGUCUAAACAUAUCAGACCGGGCCGAAAAAUUAGACGCGGGCCCUUUAGCCGUCUAGUUAAUAUACAUUAAAGUAAUUUAAACCUACAGUUUACUUACAGUAGUUCAUACCUAUUUAAAGCACGUUAACCAUCUUAUUUGUUCAAUGACUCUUCCAAAAACAAUUUUGUUGACCUUUCCAAUGUAACUCAUAGCAGUGUAAACAAACUACUUUUUACAUUCUGAUGUUGUUUAUUUAGCUUUUGCCAAGUUCACGGUGAUUCAGAAAAGAAACAGCGUCUGUUCUACUCACUCAAAGCAAGGAAAUCCAUUAUUCAGCGUGAGAUCGAGGUGGUCAAACAAGAACUACAAGGCUAUGACAGCGCCGAGAAGCUGUUCAAUGUGUUCUUUGCUAAUAAAGUAAGUUUGUUAGAUAAAAAGGUACAAAAAAAGUUUUAAAAUGCAAAAAAAAUUGAAAAAACUGAAUUUUUAUGUUAUUUAUGAAAUUUUCAUCAAUUUAUAAAACAAAUUUAAAAAUUUUUAUAGGACAAAGACAUCCAUGAGCUGUGCGAUGAAACAAUAGAAAAGUAUUCAAACUUAUCAUACGAGUUGGUGUCUCUAAAGGCUAAAGAAGAACAUUGGAAGACCAAACUCAAGCUUCAAAAGGCAGUGUAAGUUAUUUUAUAGUUUCUUUUUAUUUCUUAUUCUGUUGUUCAAAUAAUUCUGUGCCCCUAACUCCAAAAAUUUGUUUUGAAAAGAGGCACAGAAUUAUUUGAACAACCUAAUAUAUUGUAAAAUACGAAGUCUCGUCCUUUUGUACUUUUCAUAUGGCAAUGUCUAUAACAUAAGACAAACACUAUAGCUAUAGUCAACUCUUUCAGUGCAAACCGCUACAUCGACCACGACCAGAUCACGAUGCUUCACAAAGAACUCGACAUUGAGCUUUUGCUUAUUGUGCGACUAGACAAAGAUAUCGCGACUUUGGUCACUCAAAGUUAUGACAUGUUGUCAUCCGAUCCGGUCGAAGUGUCAACGCCUGAGGCCGACGAUUUGAGACCCCAGUCCAAACAAUAUAUGGAGGCAUUGAACCAGCUGAUCCAUCUGAAGGGUGGCAAAAAACAAAAACGAGCAAAAUAA